CGGCAAGCCGGAUGGCAGUCGCGUCUCGACCGUCGUGCGUUUCGCUUCGUAAGGAUUGUUAUUCGUGUUUUCUACCCUUCAUCAUCGUUCUCAUACAUUCUUACUUUUUAUAUUAGGACACGUUAUAUACAUACAUAUACAUAUAUACAUACAUAUAUAUAUAUACAUAUAUACUGAUAUAUUACUCUACGGACACACAUACGUGUGCGUGUGCAUCUACACAAAGCUAUACGUAUACGCAGGCACGCACGCGCGCACACGCAUACACACGCACACGCAUAUAUAUACAUACAUACAUACUAAAGAGAUUUUACGGUUUCGCCCUUCUCGACUAUUCUCCUCGCCGAUUAUUCCCCCAUACUCUUUCGCCGUCCUGCAAUUCCCGUUUCUACUGGAGCAACGGACAGAAAAGGAACGAACGGCUCUCGAAACGGAGACCGAACGACCGCGAUCAACGUGAACGAAGCGGUCUACUAAGGAAAACAAGGAGAAGAGCAAGGAAGAAAGCGAAUAAAAUGGUCUUGGUAUUGGGACAAGGCAUAUCCAGUUAAUGAAGAUUUACUUUAAGAGGAACGUAAUUCAUUUCUACAAAAGUGGGAAAAAAACGGAAAAGAAGAAAAAAAAACAAAAGGAAAAAAGGAGGAGAAGCUAUCGGACAAAAAGGCCAUUUAUCAGUACAUUAAUUUAAUAGAAAGGCACGUAGGACAAACAUGGAUCCAUACUCAUUAAGGAAGAAUGGAUGAGAGGUGGUGGUGUUGGUCGCGGUGGCGUUGAUACGAGAGAUACAAGAUAUCAACGUGUUCGUGAAACUGCCAUCAGGGCUAUCGGCCGUAGUAUAAGAAGGGUCCAUGGAUGAGAAAGGAAGAUAAUAACGGUGCGAUCGCGACUCUACACGAGUAAGAGCGUCGAAAAUAAUCGAUGAAUGCUACGGAAUGGCGUACGACGAUAUGUAGUGUCGAACGCGAGGCAUCGAAGAACAUCGAGGAAAAUGAGAGAGAAUGCUUUAAAGAUGCAAUCGUGUCAAGUCGAAGCCUGAAUAAGAAUUUCGUCGAAUCGACAAAUAUUAAAAAAGCUUUUCGCCAGAUCUUAGCAUGCUUCAUCGCGGCUUCUUUCCACAUAGUAGUUGGUCUCAGUAUGGCGUACUCGGCUAUCCUCGUACCACACCUCGAGGCUAAAGACGCGGAAAUACCAGCAACGAAGAAAGAGACUGCUUGGAUAGCUAGCGUGGUGGUAUUGUUCGUACCAGUUGGUGCAGUUCUAAGUGGUUUUCUAAUGGAAACAGUUGGAAGGUUAAAGACAUUGCAGAUCGGUGCUAUCCCAUGCAUUGUAGGUUGGGCAUUGAUAGCUUCGUCAAGUAAUCUAUCAAUGCUUUUAGUCGGUCGACUAUUAUCUGGUAUAUCAUGUGCAAUGGGUAGCUCACCUGCAAUUGUCUAUAUAACAGAAGUCGCGAGACCAGAUUUAAGAGGGUCAAUGAUAUCUUUCGGACCAACCCUCGCUUCCUUUGGUAUGCUUUUAUCGUAUUUAAAAGGUGCAUACAUACAUUGGCGUUUAGUUGCUUGGCUCAGCAUCAUUUAUGCUGUUGUACCGAUAAUUUUGAUACAAUUUUUCGUACCGGAGUCACCAGUUUGGUUAGUUUCGAAGGGACGAGUAGACGACGCAAGAAAAUCUUUAGAAUGGUUAUACAAAUCCGAUGAGAAACAAGGUACUGUAUCGCAGGCAGAAGCACAGUUCGCAUUGAUCAUGAAAGAAAAUGAAAUCAAACUGAGCGAACAAAGAAGGAGCAAACAUGGCAACGCCUUUAAUAAAUUACGUGGUUUUCUCAAGCCUACCGGAUGGAAACCGAUGACGAUACUUUUUCUAUUUUUCAUGUUCCAACAAUUUUCUGGAAUUUAUAUAACCCUCUUUUAUGCUGUCACGUGGUUUCAAGACGUUGGCGCCGGCGUAGACGCAUACCUAUCAUCGAUCCUGGUAGGUCUAACACGAUUUUUAUGCUCGAUGGUAAAUACUUGGCUACUUCGACGAUUUAAAAGAAGACCAUUGUGCAUAAUUUCAUCAUUGGGAAUGGCAGCAUGUAUGAUCGUUUCCGGUUAUUUCACUUUACGCAUUCAUCAGGGUGAUCGAAGCGGUUAUUGGGUGCCAAUCGUCUGUCUUUUGCUAUAUGUUUGCACUUCUAUGGUCGGAAUGUUAACCAUACCAUGGACAAUGACGGCCGAGUUGUUCCCAACAGAGAUUCGAGGAAUUGCUCAUUCUAUUAGCUACUCAAUGGCCAAUUUAAUUAUGUUCGCUGCACUUCAAAGUUACCGUAGUCUCCAAGACUUUUUAGGAGGUUCUUAUGCCGGUCAAUGGUUCUUCGCUGGCAUUUCAUUGGCAUCUACGAUCUUCGUUAUAUUGAUGUUGCCCGAGACACACGGCAAAAAGUUGUCGGAGAUCGAAGAAUAUUUCCACAAUCAUUUCUUAGCAAUCAGUUUUGGCAAAUCGAAAUCAACGAAAAAGCAACGUACGCAGAAUAGAUCGCAACGAAGAAUGAACACGGCAGCUAGUGAACCACUUAAUCCGAAAACUGUACCGAAUGUUUAGUUUAGUUUAGUUUAGUUUAGUUUAAUUUAGUUCGUCCUUAGUUUCGUCUUUCAUCUUUCAUUCUUUUUCUUUUGUCUUAAAAUAAUAAUAUACGUGUAGGUACGUAAGUAUGUAUGUAUUUAUAGGUAUAGACAUAUACUUACGUAUCUCAUAUAAGUAUAUUGUAUAAUAAUAAUAAUAAUAAUGAUAAUAAUACUAAUAGUGAUUUAGGAAGAUGAAAAACAUUUAUGUUUGCCGUUUGUACAAAGGCCUAACUAUAAGCAGAAAAUAUUGUUUAAUAACGUACUUAGGAAGAAAUAUUAAAAUUCGGUUUAAAGCGUAUCAACGUAAUCAUCUGUUUAUAAGUUUUGUUUAUUACUUCAUAUGUAAGCCGAGAACAGUCGAAAAGACAAACAGAAAAAGAAUGUCGGUGCUUUUAUUUUGACUAUGAAUCAUUAUUAAUAUUUUUUCUACUUCCAACGAUACAAUCUAUAAUGAUAAUAAUAAUAAUAAUAAUAAUAAUAAUAAUAAUAAUAAUAAUAAUAAAAAUAACAGUGAUAAUUAAAGUCGAACAAUUUGUUAAUUAAAUCUUAUGUAAUCGAUCUCAAAGAUGACCAGAAAGGAUUAUAUUUAAACUUAUAUAUGUUGACGAUAUGCUAUCAACUUUGUGCGAUAAUAACAAAAAUAGCCAAUAUAGAUGUGAGAAAGUAAACAAGGAGAAAAAGAUAAAUUUAAUGUGUAUGUAUGAGAAUAAUGAAAAAAAAAAAAAAGAGAAAAGUCAGUAUUAGAGAAAAAGAAAUACAAGCUAACAUUAAAUUCUUCUAAUAAGUACUGACGAGUGAGGGAAGGGAAGGGAGGGCAGGUUGAUGGUACUAUUGAAGAAUAUCAAUGUCUCUGUAAACAGUGCCUUAGUUCGUAUCGAAAAUCGAACAUUUUCUAACAAAAUUAUAAUAUUACGUAUCGAUCUGAUUUUUGUAUAAUUCCUCUUUGUUAGCUUUGUAAUAAAUAAUAUUUAAUACAA